AUUUAUUAAGUAUCUUAAACAGCUUAACUGAAAUCGGCACAGAUCUGGCUUAACUCUUAUGUAUAUAACCAAUUUUAUACUUUGGACUUUGUGGUUGCCAUUAUGCCAAAUAAAUACUACAAUAUUGGUCUGGUUUAUGAUCCGAAUUUUAAGGGAUAUUAUAUUUUGAAUAUAAAGCAAGUUAACUUAAUAAAACUAAUUGAUCAUAUGAUCUAUAAAAUAAGUAAGUAACAUAAUAAUAAAAAUAAGAGCAAUCGGUUUAUAAUUUCCUCCAGUAAAUAUUAUGUUAUUCAUGAAACUCAUUGGCAUAAUUUUUCAUGUUUUCAUAAUACCGUUUAGUGGGUAUAUAAUUGCUCUCAUUCCGGCUCUUCACUCAAAAAUAAUCCGGAUAUCACUAUUUCUAUAUAAAUUGACUAACAUAAGUGCAUAAUUAAUAUAUAUUUAUAGUAGUUAAUUUCUAAGAUACACACUUAUUUAAUCACCCACAACAAGUAUCGCAUAAUAUAAUAUAACUUUCAUUAGAGUGCUUCCGAUUUGUUAUUUUCUCGAGUAUCAACGCAAUUGAAGAUAUUAAUUUUUUAUGCGCUAAAAAGUGCUUCCUUAUCGGGGUGUAGGUGUGCGCUUUGUUUGCAUUAAGAAGGGGAUUCUCCUAGAGUACUCUAUUAUAUGAAUGAUUGUCUAUAAUCAAAUCGGUAGAGACAAAGCUACAUAUGUAUGUAUGUAUGUAUGUAUGUACGCCUCUGCGCUGCUAUCAUCGAAUAAAAUCACCGGGUUGUGUAAAAAAAUAUUAUCGGCUUAUCAAUAUGCGCCCACAUAAUGAGCGCCGUUAUGUGUCUGUGCUCCCCCGUUGCAUUUCUAGGUUUCAUAAUGCCAAAAGCCGACGCUUGAGCUCACUAUAAAAAGUGCAGCCAAUAAAUGCAUCGCCAUCAAACUAAUUUCAAGUGUCUUAAGAAGAACAAUAGCGUCUAGACAAGCGCCAAUAAACUACGAAACUUGUAAAUCACACACUUUUGUAAGCAGAAAAAAUCAUAUCAACAUGAACUUCAACAAAGUCAUCAUCUUCUUGGCUGUGGUGAUCGCCAUUUUUGCCGGGCAAACGGAGGCGGGCUGGCUCAAGAAGAUCGGCAAGAAAAUUGAGCGUGUUGGUCAGCACACCAGAGAUGCCACCAUUCAGGGACUUGCUGUGGCGCAACAGGCCGCCAAUGUUGCUGCCACUGCCAGGGGCUAAUAGCUGCCAUGUUCGCAAAUUACCCGCUGCCUAAAUGAAUUAGUGAUAAAUUAUUUCAAUUUUUAUUUAUUCUAACAAUAAAUUAAUUUAAAUCGAUGCAAAACCAAAA